AGCCUGGGGCCUGGCCCCUGGGCUGGCUACCGGGGGCACAUCGGCAGAGCGGGCAAGGAGGGGCCCUGGCCAGGAAGAGCAGCGAGAGCUGUGGGGCAGAACCAGGUGAAUUCGAGCAGCUUGGGGCUCCUGAGCCUGGAGUAGCUACAGACCAGGACUCCAGCGUAUUGACUUGCCCGAUGGGAAGCACAGGACUGAAAUACUGGGGCAGGGGGGAGAGGAAUCUGUGGGUCAGGGCUGACCAGCCACGGGCACCUCCGUCUGGGCCAGCAGAGCUGCAGGUUGCUGGGCCCGUGACCCCUGAGCCAUGGCAAGCAGCAGCGGUGGCUGGGGCGCUCCCAAGUCCCACAAGCCCAACGGGAAACCGCAGCAGCUCAAAUACUCAGGUGUCACCAAGAAAAAGGAUUCAGAAGUUUAUGUCGGAAACGUCCCGCCUGAGAUGACGGAGGAGGACAUACUGCUCCUGCUCAGGGACUUCCACCCGCAGCAUAUUAAAAGGUGCCAUUCCGGGCUGAGAAGCUAUGCCUUUGUAGAUCUCAGCUCCUCUGAGCAGGUGCAGGCCGCAAUCCAGCGCUUCAACGGGCACCUCGUGAACGGACGUCGCCUGUUUCUGAGCCGCACGGGUGCAGACAACGGGAGGAAGGCCCCGGCUGAGACCCAGAGCACCGUGGAAAUGCCCGCUUUGGAGAGAGUCCCUAGGGGAGAGCUUAGUCUGAGCCAUGCAAAGGCAGAGACCCAAACCCUGCAGCCGGCGCCUCCCGAUGCAGCGAGGCAGAUCUGUUAUGCGGUUCCCAUGGAAAUGAGGGGUUCCUUCUUGGCACUCAUGCUAAAAGACUGCUUUCAGGAUCUGAACUGGUUGGUGUCGAUUGCAAAGCUGCACGGAGAGGCAGGGCUGCUGGUGACGGAUGCUCUGCCACAGACCCCGUACUUCUGGGCCAUACACCUCACAGAGGAAAGUCACUCGAACAUGCACAAGCUGUUCUGCCAGCUGGCGGAAGAGGAAUCCAAGCAGCCCUACCUGACGAGGCAGGCGGUGCAGCGAGGGACCCGCUGCAUGGCAGAGUGCAUUCUGGGGGAGGACGGCGCGGCAUGGAACAGGUGCUGGGUCUUGGAGAAAGUGGAAGAUCUUGCAGUGGUUCUCUUUGUUGACUUUGGCCGUUCAGCCACUGUUCCUCUCAACUCACUGCGGAAGCUGGAUGAAGAUGAUUUCUGGGACAUAAAACCGCUGGCCCAGCCCUUCAUGUUCCAAAAAGAGAUUGUCUCUGCAAGACCCAUGGUCCGGCAAAUCCUGCGAGGGAAGGUGGUUGGCCCGUCUCGCCUGGAGCCUCACAUCCUGACAUUCACCUUCUGCACAGAGGAGGAAGCUGAGGACCUGUGAGCUCUGAGCUGAAAGUCCCCUGCCUCUCGCUGCCCAAAGCAGGAGUGGAGCAGAGAACUGCUGGACCUUGGAAAAGUCGUCUUCAGCCUGAACCAGCCUUAUUAACUGGCUGCAGUGUUGUGAUUGUGGGGAGGGGGCGUCUCUUAGUUCUCCAGGUUUAGUGAUAUCCCCAGUUAGCUUCAAGGGGAAGUUACCUAGUUUUGAUUUUUCUGUAAAAUUGUGAGGGGGCUGGUGAACUGUCUCUCUGGUGCCUGACUAUUAAAUGGAGCCUGGCAAGUCCUGCUAACGCUGCCUCCGCUAGGUGUGGGUCUGCCCAGAGUGCCUGGCUGCUGGACAAAUCCCUGUUAGACCUGCAUGUGCCCUGGCAGCUUGAAGGGCCUGCGGGAGGGUUGUUCCCUCAGUGCUGUUAGGGCUGCAAGGCCUUGUCCUUUCUUCAGCAGGACUAGAGACUUCAGCCUCCGCCUGGUGUCAGGGCUUGUAACCGGGAGCCAGCUCUGCCUGUUGUCAGAACAGCAGGGGCCUGGGGCAGGCUGUGCCCACAGGCUUAUUUGGGUAAAGCAUCAUACAAAUCUCCAAUUUGUUACUCUCACAAACUAUGGACAGGGGCCAAAUGCUCAGUUCUGAAGAGUGACUAAACUGCUGAGGGCAGAGGUUGGUUUGUUUUUGAAGGGGGGAAGAAACUAACAGGGCUCUGGAUAACUGAGGUCUGCCCCUAGUGUCUGGUUUUGGGGCUUGGUUGCUAAGUGGCUCAGAAGAAAAUUGCUCUGGUCCUUUGGGUGAAAGGAUGAAGCUAGCUUAAAGUAAAUGGUUCCAACCUGGCCCACAGGUUUAGAUCAGAAAUUGUCAAGCUUAAUUUCACAAGUGAAAGUCAGUGGGCAGGGCUGGUGGUU